AUGGUUGAGGGUGUUACCAACGUAGUUUUCAAGCUGGACCUCACGGUUAUACCUCUUGAAGCAACUACUCCUAUCAAUCGCUCCAAAACUGCAUCAGACAUGACCUUCCACAUCCAGCAGAUCGCGAAGGACACCCUUCGGUUCGAUCGGUCAGGUCCCGUCUGCACAGAGCUUAUCAUCGGUAGUGGUUCUAACUCUAGAACCAUCAAAGCGGUUCUGGAUUCUGGAGCCG